AUGACCUCGGACGACGACGACUGCGGUCGUGUCCCUGUGCAAUGCCUAAACUUUGAUGUCCUCCUUCUCAUUAUGGACUACGCCCAUCCCUCCGUCGUCUCCUCUCUGUCAAGAACCUGCCGAGUCCUACAUGUCCAAGGCAUCAAGCGAUUGUUGGACUGGGGGGAGUGGGGUCUCCCCAUCACCACUUUCAACUCCGCACGUUCCUUUCUCGUCUUCCUCAACGCCGACGCCGGACAUCGUCUGCGCCUCGUCAAGACCAUGAACGUAUCCCCUUCCAUGUGCCUCGGACUCGGUCUCAGCGCUCUUUCCAUCAUCGCAGAGCUCGUUCCGUGCAUGACCUCCCUGGAGCGCGCCAAAGUCACGCGAUACGAAGGCGACAAGGGCGCCUCCACCGGCGAGGCCGAAGCCUGCAAGCUCACCAGCGCACUCCUCGCCCUCCCCUCGCUCAAGCGCCUCUCCCUGCAGGCCAGCGCCCAGCAGCUCGGCCUCCUCCCCAGCGCGAAGGCGCAGCUCCACACCCUCGAGCUCACCCCCACCCGCGCCGGGUUCGGCUCCCGCUACCUCGCGCGCCGCUUCGCCGACCUCGCCCCGACCUCGACCCGCACGCUCGAGACGCUCCGCCUCGUCCAGUACCUCCCCGCGCGGCCCGCCGCCGCGCACGACCCGCGCUUCCCCGCGCUGGCGGAGCUCGACGUGACGGUGAGCGGCGCCGCGUCCGCGCUCGACGUCGUCCUCGCGCCGUGGGCGCGCACGUUCCCGAACCUCCGCCGCCUCCGCCUCCGCUGCGGCGGGCAGGUCCGCGCCGCGCUCGACGACCUGCGCACGCGCAACGCGGCGGGCUCGGCGGCCGGACGGGGGCCGCUGUGGCCGGCGGGGCUCGAAGCGGUGCACAUGACGCUGAGGGACGCGUACGGGGUCGGGCUGCGCACGCACGUCGAGGCGCUCCACGUCGUCCCGGCCGAACGCGAUCCGUUCGCGAUCCGCGCGGAGAAGCGGGACCACGGGUUCCGGUAUCUGCAGCAGGUCCUCAGGGACACGACGCCUCGGACGCUGGUGAUGCAGAUCGACGGGGAUGCGUACGAGGAGUGGGGGGCGUUCAGCGCGGCGUUCCGAGGAGAGGACUGGGCGUCCGUGGACGAGCUCCGGCUCACGCUGCACGGCGCCGGGAACGAGCGGGUCCUCGCGCAGUUUGUGGAUCUGACCUACGAGUUGCUCCCUCGGCUCCCCCUCUUGGAGCUGGAACUGCACGUAUUGGACGUAGAGGCGGAGUCGGAACGCGGCGUGGAGACGACCAUGGACACGUUCUCCCCAGAAGCGACCGCUCUCCGUCUGCUGUCUGAGCACCCUUCCCUGCUGCGGGUAUACGCCUACACCAGCGUCACAUGGUCGGCAGCGCGCCAGGGAAAUGGUCGCCGGCGCACAGACACUCGGACGUUACGGAGGGACUGCGCGAUGCGGCGUCCGGGAGCAAGCCAGAUCUCGGCGACUGCCAGCAUGAAUCGAUACAUGGACCUUCUCAUAUAA